AUGAUUGACAGGCAUGUGAUUCUAUCGGUACCGGAAGCAAUACGAUUCUUCACCGACAUGUUGGCAUGUUGGAUUACGGAAAGGAGAACAGAUGCUCAGAGUUUCCGGAGACGCCGCCUCUUGGUGGUUUCAAAACUCUCCGCUUCUCUUGUCGUCAUCGGGUACAAGGUCGUAUUUGGUCUGCAGUUAAUCGCCUAUAUGCCUCCUAGGGACGCGCACUGCGUUCUUCUGGAAUUUCUCUACGAAGGGAGAUCCGUCGUAAAUGUUACUAUUUGUCCUUACUAUUGCUGGAACAAACCUAGUUUUGGCGUUCAUAUCCAAUUUCAGAAUACCGUUGCUCCAGUUUUUGUUCGUUGA